AUGAUAGCUUUUUACGAGAGAGAAUAUAGGGGACUUAAAGAGAAAUAUGAUAAACUGACUUUAGAGCUUGACAAGAACAGUUCUUGGACUAUAUGUUUAACUGAUUAUAAUGAAAGAAAGGAGGAAGAGAAGAAGGUUUUGCAAGAAAAGUUGAAUGAAUUUAUGAAUAAUGCUUCUGCAGGAAAGUGUAAUAUUGAACAAACAGUUGAAGGACUAACUGUGAAAUUACAUGAAGCUGAAAAGAGGGAUUUGACUGAUGAAAAGCUUUGUGAAUUGGAAAAGAGAGUGAAUGACAAACUUGAGAAAACUUUGGAUGCUGAAAGGAAAGAGUUAGAGGAUGAAAUAAGGAGUUCUAACAAGAUAAAACAAGAUUUAGUCAUUAAACUUCGUAAAGCUGAAUCUGAACUGCAUGCUGAGAGGAACUCUCAAGGAAACAAUCAUAAAGAAGUUGAAGAGCUCACAAAGAAACUUCGUAAAUCUGAGAGUGAAUUGAUUGAUGGAAAGAAAUUACUGGAACAAGAGAAAGAAAAGGUUUUGGAAGCUGAGAACAUGGCAGCACAAUUCAGCAUCACCCAUUGCCGAUUCCUUCGGCCAACACAUCUCACCAACGGUUCAGUCACUGAUGAGCUCGGUGUGUCUUCAUGCAAAAACGUGAUGACUCGUGGCAAUCGAGCUUCGUGGAAGAGGGAGCUGGGAUACAGGUUGGCUUCUGGGCCAAGCAAAAGAGGUCCAGGCCAUUAA